GAAAGCACCGCACGUCAAACAGUGGCGAAGUUCGUCGCAGAAUCAACCAAUCAGAACACAGAAACGUGUUUAUUUUUCGUAAUCAGCAAAAUAAGCCAUCGCGGAAAACCCGUUUUUGUGCAACUAGUAUCAGUUUCCUAUCGGAACGAUUGUUAGUACACAUCACCAUCAGCUCCUCUGGCAAGGAAUCAGCACGUUGAAUAUCUCAACUUUAGUGAUAGAUUAUAGUGAUAACAAGAAUGAAGACUGAAACGCUCUACCUCUUGGCCGCCUUGGGGACGCUAAUGUUGGCAACUGUGGUCUCGGGUCAACACCCGGCAGCCCGGCCAAUCAACCCGAAGGAGGUCAAGUGUCUGGUCUGCAAAGCCACCAUGAACGAAAUGGAAUUGGCCGUGUCCAAAGUGGACCCCAAGAAGAAAAUUGACGUCGGAGAUUACCGCCUAGAUGCCACCGGAGAUUCCAAGAAGAAGAAAACCAUCCUCUACGCCAAGUCGGAGAUGUACCUGACGGAAUUGAUGGAAUCAAUUUGUGACCGGAUGGACGACUAUGCCAAGGCCCGCUACAAGAAGAACGGCCGCCCGGUGGUGCUGAAAAUGAUGACCGAAACCGGCAUGAAUCCGGAAAUGUCCGAAGUGGACUUUGUACAGGAGGGAGAUUUGAACAAGAGCUUGAAGCACCUGUGUCUGGAAGUGGUCGAGGACCAUGAGGAGGACAUUUUGAAGAUGUUCCAACAGGAGGAUGUGGUCAAGGAUACGGACAUCAGGUUGUGCUCGCAAGUGGCCAACAUUUGCAACGAGCAGCCAAUUGAGGACGAUUACGAGUACGAAGGAGAAGAGGAACGGGACGAGCUGUAGGAAGAUCAGGAGCAAAGACGGUGGACGAAAUUGUGCAACGAGAAUGAAACAACGUACCGAGCCAGGGUUUGGGGACGGGAAUGCCCAGAGGAACAACGGAUCCGUGGGAAUAGGUUAUGUUUUAGGAACCUGCAGAAAAAAAGCAUUUUCAUUGUUGCUUUGUUCGGAAGAAGAGAAUGCUUGAUAUUUUAUAAGAUAUUGGCAAAUAGAUGAGCUUAUUUCGUGAAA